AUGGCUGAUUCAUCAUCUUCCUCGGGUUCUGCAUCGGAUGUAGAGCCUACCGAUCCCAGCAUGUACAUUAUACCUGGGUCGUACAAAUGGGAGGUCCUUCGUAAAAGGACGCAGCGUGCUCAUAUUUCACAGCGAGUGUGGAAUACGGAGCAUGUUAGGAAAAUAAAGACUAGGCGUGGAAAGCCAACGGGGGGGCCACCUACCGGCGCUAUCCCAGAGGUUGUCGCAGACUACCUGACACAGGCUGGAUUCAUACAUGUUUCUCGAAUGCGACAUAUUCAGAUCGAUGCCCCUUUAAUUAGUGUUGUGGUCGAGAGGUGGAGACCAGAGACACAUACUUUCAACAUGACCCAAGGUGAGAUGACUAUCACCUUGCAAGAUGUGGCAGACAUAUUGAGCUUGCCUACUGAUGGGGCUAUCGUCACCGGCUCUACCUCUGAGGAUUGGCCCGCUGCUUGUGGGGUUGUAUUUGGCGCGGUUCCACAGUCAAAUGAGUUCCAUCAUUCCGGCGACUUGCGUAUCUCAUACUUAGAUUGGUUAUAUACCCGGUGGACCGACCAUGCCGGGGAUCAUGAUGCCGAGAUCUACUUCACAAAGGCGCACUUUGCCAGGAUGCUGAGUUCUUGGUUGCUGGCGGACAAGUCUGGAGGCAGCAAUUUCGGUUGUCGGCUAGUCCCUUUGCUUGGGGGAGGAUUUGAUGAGAUUGGCUUCAGCUGA